CCCCGGUGGCCGAGGGCAGCGCGGCAGGACGGCGGGGCCGUGCCGAGAGCGGCACCGGCCGGCUCCCGGCGCUGAGCGCUCGCCUCCUCCGUGAGCGCCUAAAAUGUUCCUGGCAUGCGAGGCCAGGGGAGAUGCAGUGAGGAGCGGGGCACUUUUCCAACAGCUCCUCCGCCGAGAGAGCCAGUGGCACGGCGCUCUCCUCGGCUUCCUCCAGCAGCCCGACCGCCAUGCAGCGAGGCAGGGUGCGGGCGGCGCUGGCGGCGCUGCUGUGCGCGGCGCUGCUCCCGCUCCGCCCGGAGGCCGUCAAGGCGCCCAAGCGACCGGCGCGGCCCCGGACCUGCGGCGAGCGGCCCGAGGAGCUGCUGGAGCAGCUCUACGGGCGGCUGGCGGCGGGCAUGCUCAGCGCCUUCCACCACACCCUGCAGCCCGAGCCGCCGGGCCGACAGCACAACGCCAGCUGCCCGGCCGGGGGGCGGCCGGCCGCCGACAAGAGGUUCCGGCUCCCCGUCAACCUGCGCAGCGCCUCGCCGUGGGCCUACAGAAUUUCAUAUGAUCCCACAAGGUAUCCUAAAUACAUUCCUGAAGCAUACUGUCUGUGCAAAGGCUGCCUCAUGGGGAUCUUUGGCGAGGAGAAUUUUCACUUCCGCAGCACCCCUGUGUACAUGCCAACAGUCAUCCUCCGGCGCACGUCGUCGUGUGCUGGGGGCCGUUACGUCUACACAGAAGAUUAUGUCACUAUCCCAGUGGGCUGCACUUGCGUACCUGAACAAGAAAAAGAGGCCGAAAGCGUAAAUUCCAGCAUAGAUAAGCAAGAAAGGAAGUUGCUGGUAAGCCAGAACAAGCCGUCAUCAGAAUGAAGAAUAUAUAAACAGUCGUGUUAUUGGCUUCACAUCAUCAUCUCACCACCUCAGGAAACUGCACCACAGCAGCAAACACACCGACUUACCCUCUUUUUCUACUUAGACUUAUUUCAAUUAUAAGAUGGAAAGUUUUGUCCAGUCACUCAGAUCAUUAGAGAUGACAAUUCAUAUUAAGAACUUGUUUAGUUCAUGUAAGUAUUUGUUGCAAAUUCCAAAGUAGCUUUUUUUUUCUUAGAGCAGAACAUUUUAUCCUUGCUUAUUCACAGUAAAUUUUAUAAGAUGAUGCAAAUGUAAGACAUGCUAGCUAUUACUAUAGCAGCCUACUGGUUGUAGAUACUUUUAAGGAAUCUCUUAUACUCUACUUUUAAAUACUUAUAUAUAAAAAUCACAUAGCUGCCAUACAUGUGUCAAAUCAGCAGUUAAAAGGAUAAUUUCUCAGACUGGGAGAGCCUUUCUUUAUGUUGCAUAUCUCAACUCCAAACAGUGUUCUUGGCUGUUAUAUCUUUGGCUAUUUAUACACUGCAGCAAGGAAACCUUUGCUGAGUUUGAGUCAUCCAUGAACCAAUGUUCUAUGAGUUUGCUGGUUUUAAACUUGCCAGAUUGCUAAGGGUACAAGAGUUUUGUGGAAAAGCAUGCUAGAAUAUUGUAAAACUGUAAUGGACUUUUGUGAUGUGGACUAAGUCUAAUUACACGGAAAAUAGCAAUUAGAAAAAACACAGUUUGGGUCCCAAGAAUUCUGUAUUAGAUUUCAUUCAUCAUUAACUGCUUAACUGUUUCUUGUGACAAAAAUGUAUUCUGUACAGUUGAAAGGCCAAAACCUUUUUCAUGUUAGAAGAGGAGAUUCCUCAUUAAAAAAAACACAUACGAAGGAUAGGCUUCAUCUCUGGUACAGUGCAGAUGAGUAAACAGGCUAGGUCUUAACUUCUAGAAGCUACAGAGGUCAUUGAGGUGAGUCUCAGUCAAUCAAAACUUGUUGAAUCUGACUGAUUUAUGCAAUUAGUGUUACUCAUUUUCCCUACACUACAUGUAACAGACAGUCGGUCACCUGCAAAAGAUGCUAGUCUGCGGAAGAGCAGUCUUCCAUCUUUGCAGCUUACAGGAACUUGAUGGCAAGCCCUAACCAGAAACCCUAGAUGCACAAAAACUUGCAUUUCCAGAACAAGAGACUGAAGGUUGACUCAGUCUAGUGAAUGAGAAUCAGGAAUAACCAGGCAUACCUUGCACAAACAUAACUCUUCAGAGGGCCACAAUCACCAAAGUUGAUAAAUCUCUGCACAGCAGAGAAUAACUUUUACAGUUGAAGGAUCAUGACUGCAAUGUCAUUACAAAAAUGAAUAACCACCAUAUGCAGCAAUGUAUUUGCUACAUCAAGAAUCUCAAAAUUGGGCUUAACUCAUAGCAGAGAAAGUCCCUAGGCUAUACAAACACACACUCCUUUGGAAUGUCAUUGGAUGAAGAAUGGAAAGACUGAGCUAACCAGAAUUAACAAGUUAAAUAGAGAAUGAAAAUCAUAAGACAACUCCUUGUCUUGGUGCAUAAUUAUUGACUGUGCUUUUUAUGACUCAGUCUAGUAUAACAGCAUUUUUAUAGUGCAAUCUAUACAGUUUCUUACAAAGCCUAAAACAAUUUUAAGAACUCCAGAAACCAAUAAAAGAUUCCCAUCACAAUGUCAGAUUGAAGUUUAUAACUGCGUUUCUUGUGCAGAAGCUUUUCCACAAUUCUGCUUGUCUUUAGAUCUGUGUUUCCUCAAAUUGUGAUGCAUCUAUCUCAAGGGGGUUCUCAAAGGAGUUCAAAGACGGCCAUAAAGUGUUUAUACUACUCAGAGAACAGCUAAUUGCCUAGCUGCUGCCAGCAAUUAAAGGUAGUUACCUGUUCCCUGGAGAAUGUAAAUACUUGCAGCAAUUACAUCCACUUUUCCUUCCUCCUAAUGUGGAAGAACUUCUCACCCUCUGAGAAGAAGGAAAUGGUAAUCAGAGGGGCUCAAAAGGGAAGCAGACCUACAAAACUGGAGAAACACUGCAUUAGAUGAUGCUUCAGCAGUCUAACUUCUUAUAGUUUCACUAUUAAAUUGUGGGUUUUUUCUCCACACACACACUUCAGACAGGGUGAAGUUGGACCUUCAGACUCCACAAUGUAGAAACCAAAGUCUUUACAGUAAAAGGUGUCGUGGUUUAACCCCAGCUGGCAACUAAGCACCAUGCAGCCACUCACUCACCUCCCUCACAGUGGGAUAGAGGAGAGAAUCAGGAGGGUAAAAGCGAGAAAACUUGUGGGUUGAGAUAAAGACAGUUUAACAGGUAAACCAAAAGCCACGCAUGCAAGCGAAGAAAAACAAGGAAUUCAUCCCCCACUUCCCAUGGGCAGGCAGGUGUUCAGCCAUCUCCAGGAAAGCAGGGCUCCAUCAUGCGUAAUGGUGACUUGGGAAGACAAACACCAUCACUCCGAACACGCCCCCCCCCCCUUCUUCUUCCCCUACCUUUAUAUGCUGAGCCUGACAUCAUAUGGUGUGGAAUAUCCCUUGGGUCAGUUGGGGUCAGCUGUCCCAGCUGUGUCCCCUCCCAACUUCUUGUGCCCCCCCAGCCUGCUCACUGGUGGGGUGGGGUGAGAAGCAGCAAAGUCCUUGGCUCUGUGUGAGCACUGCUCAGCAGGAACAAAAACAUCCCUCUGUUAUCAACACAGUUUUCAGCACAAAUCCAAAACUUAGCCCCAUACUAGCUACUAUGAAGAAAAUUAACUCUAUCCCAGCCAAAACCAGCACAAAGGCAGUAAAAAAAAACCCCAAACAACACCACAAAAAUGCCAAACCACACAGCCCUUAACAUUUAGUAAAUACCCAGAAGGGCUAUGGGCUAAAGCUCUGGCUAAACACUGCCCUCCAGCAAAACUCAACUGUCUGCCCAUACACUUUUGUUAUACAAAUUUGUCUGCAACAAAUUAGUUACUAGAGCACAUGGAUUUAUUUGCAUGAUGUGGAGAAAAAAAAAAUCUCAGUUUUUGUUGCAACUCUCUUGUCCUGCAGGCAUAAAUUACAGAGUCAUUUUGAGGUUUUUCAAGCAACUAGAGCAUGUUCUGGGAAUUCCUAGGAGUUGCAGGCUAAGAUCAGGUAAAUGGAACAUAAUCUGUUUUGCCAAUCCAGAAAAACAGAUGCUUUAGCUUACAUAUAGCUUCAGGAAUUGGAUGACUGAAAGGAAAGUACUAGAGAACUGCAAAACCUCAAUGGAUCAAUAGAUUAUGUAUGUUGGCGACCUCCUUCUCGUCAUACUGCCACAAGUGCAGAAAGCUUCCUAUGGUUACAAACAGCCUCGUGUUAUCUUACUCAGAAGCCCAUUUUCCUUUUUUAAUCCUCACGCUCCUGUGUGACAGACUUUUUAGCUGAGCCAAUUUGCUUCCCGAUCCAGCUUUCCAGUUAGGUGUCUCUUAAAAGCUAUGUUUGUGUUUUAGUGUGAUCAAGUGUUCGAUAAUUGUUAGUGAACAACUGUUUGUUAAUACUUAACAUCAAGAACCAUUAGCUACAUAAACAUUUGUUAACCUUCAAAAUAUCCAUCCAUAUAUAAACCCUGUCUGCAUUACUCAUGUGGAAAAGGUUAUUAAAUGUGUUUGUUUGGAAUUUA